UCUUGCCAUGGGCAUUGGCAUUGCGCUGGGAAACACGGUCGAUUCUGUUGGACCUGCAUUGCAAAAAGGCGAGUUUGUGGGUGUUAGUAUCCCGAUCGGUACGUACUGCUCUAGCUUCCCAAGAUCCUUCACCACGACUAAACAACUACUACUACAGCAAUUGGCCUGCUUGUCAUGAUGUACCCUAUCCUCUGCAAAGUCCGCUACGAAACGCUACAUCUAC